GGCCACUCGCUGCUAUUCGUCGUCACUUACUUGUUUCUCUCCUCCUCCUUUAUAAAACGGCUUCCGUCGUCAAUGGCAUGAACCUAAGGAAAAAAAAACCUUCUUCUUCUUCUCUCCUUUCAAACUCUCUCUCUCCUCACUCUGUCUCCAUCACUUUCACGCUUUUCUCGCCGCCCUUUAUCCUUAUCCGAUAAAACCCAUCAAAACCCAGAGCACAAAAACAACACUUUCCAUUUUAUUAUUUUCAGAGAUCGAAAAAUCCAGAGCUGCCGGAACACGCAACCGCCGGUUAAAAGCAGGAUUAGCUGAUUAGAAACAAGGAGAUGAAGUACGUGCUUGUAACAGGAGGUGUUGUGAGUGGACUAGGCAAAGGAGUCACAGCAAGUAGUAUCGGUGUUCUUCUUAAAGCUUGUGGCCUUCGUGUUACUUCUAUCAAAAUCGAUCCUUAUCUAAACACCGAUGCUGGAACCAUGUCUCCCUUUGAACACGGUGAAGUGUUUGUCCUGGACGAUGGUGGUGAGGUGGAUCUUGAUCUUGGAAACUACGAGAGGUUCUUAGACAUCAAAUUAACCAGAGACAAUAACAUCACUACUGGGAAAAUUUACCAGCAUGUAAUUGCUAAAGAAAGGAAAGGAGAUUACUUGGGAAAGACUGUUCAGGUUGUUCCUCAUAUUACUGAUGCAAUUCAAGAAUGGAUAGAGAGAGUUGCUGCUAUUCCUGUUGAUGGAGAGGAUGGUCCUGCUGAUGUCUGCGUUAUCGAAUUAGGAGGAACCAUAGGUGAUAUUGAAUCUGCACCUUUUAUUGAGGCACUUGGCCAAUUCUCUUACCGUGUAGGACAAGGGAAUUUCUGUCUUGUCCACGUCAGCCUUGUGCCUGUGCUUAAUGUUGUUGGUGAACAGAAAACUAAGCCGACACAGCAUAGUGUCCGGGGCCUACGAGGCUUGGGCUUGAUACCUGAUAUCUUAGCUUGUCGGAGCACAAAGGCACUUGAAGAGAAUGUGAAAGAAAAGCUAGCUCAGUUUUGCCAUGUCCCUCUUGAGAAUAUCUUCACUCUAUAUGAUGUUCCCAACAUUUGGCACAUUCCUCGUUUGCUUAAGGAUCAGAAGGCUCACUUGGUUAUCUCCAAAGUGCUGAAUCUUGCUAGUAUUGUUAAAGAACCUUCUCUGGAGGAAUGGACUUCCAGAGCCGAACUAUGUGCAAACUUACAUGUGCCGGUGAGAAUCGCUGUUGUGGGGAAAUAUACCAGCCUCUCUGAUGCCUAUCUCUCUGUCUUGAAGGCUCUCUUACACGCUGCUGUGGCUUGCCGCAAAAAGCUCGUAGUUGAUUGGGUUCCUGCUUGCGAUCUUGAAAAGGAAACUGAGAAAGAGAAUCCAAAUGCGUAUAAAGCUGCUUGGAAGUUGCUGAAGGGUGUAGAUGGAGUUCUUGUACCUGGAGGAUUUGGUGAUAGGGGAGUGGAAGGAAAGAUCCUUGCUGCAAAGUAUGCUCGAGAAAACAAAAUCCCUUUCCUCGGUAUAUGUCUUGGGAUGCAGGUCGCUGUCAUCGAGUUUGCACGAUCAGUUCUCUGCUUGCACGACGCAGACAGCACAGAAUUCAAACCUCAAACUCAGCAUCCAUGCAUUAUAUUCAUGCCUGAGGGUUCAAGAACUCAUAUGGGUGGCACUAUGCGGUUAGGAUCAAGAAAAUCGAUCUUCAGUGUCACAGACAGCAAAUCCGCCAAACUCUAUGGGAACAAAACCUUUGUUGAUGAGAGGCAUCGCCAUAGAUACGAGGUGAAUCCUGAUAUGGUUGAACGGCUAGAGAAGGCUGGUCUCUCUUUUGCUGCAAAAGAUGAAACUGGCAAACGCAUGGAGAUUGUUGAACUUCCAAGUCAUCCUUUCUUCAUUGGUGCUCAGUUCCAUCCAGAGUACAAAUCCAGACCCGGGAAAGCUUCUCCUCUCUUCUUAGGACUCAUUGCAGCAUCUUGUGGUGAGCUAGACUCAGUCAUGAAUCCAUCCUCUGCUCAUCAACAUCUGAUUAGUAACUGUCCAAAAAACGUUUUCGUCAAUGGAAACUCAAAGAAAGCUUCCAAUGGCUUGGCUGAUGUAAGACACAACAACGGAUACUGCAACGGCCUCUACACUAGAUAGCUGCAGCUGCAGAGAUUCCCUUUUCUCUAUCCAUUAGAAUUGCUUCAUUUUCGAUUUUGGUUUGCUUUUUUAUUUUUCUACUAAACUUAGGAUCUUUCCUGUGUACAUAUGGUUCAAGCUUUUGUCAGGUUUUUAGUCUCCUUUUAACAGAAUCUAUGUUCUGAAAAGAGUCUAGAAACGUCUGAAAAUUGCGGUUGAUUAUCCCUGGUUUGUUUUUUAUCAAUCAAAAGGGGAUGAUAUGAUCAUAUCUACCUUUGCAACAUUUUGUAUUUUUAUUUUCUUUUGAGUGUGGAAGAAGCAUUGGAUAAAUAAAACUCAGAACAAAGACUAAAGUUUUUGUCUCUUUUCUA